UAAAAGUAAUGUUGGUGGGUAAAAUUCUCUUUUACACUUUCACUUGUUAGGUGGCUUGAAAGAAAUACCGUUGGUUAAUGUGUCAGAAGCUUGACAGUGCAUAUGACAUUUUGCAUCCAGUGAUUUUACUAAUGAAAUUUUGCUUCCAAUGUUUUAAGAUGGAGAUUAAUUGCUAAUCUUACUGAGCUCAAGUAACACAUUUUUUGAACACCAACUCAAUGAAACUUAGUAAUUCAUUGGGAUUUUCAUGAGGUAUUCUCGACAGGAGCAAUGGUGUUUGAGGCGGGAACAUUCACGUCAUGGUGGAGCGAGCUCUUUUAGUGAAAUUUUUCCAUCCAAAAGACUUGAACUCGAGGCAUUUGCUUAAAGGGAAUCAAUCUGUAGUUGGUUUAAACAAGACUAGAUGAAGGCGGAUGAACUGGAUAGUAGCUCUGACUGGAGCAGAGAGCAGGAAAAAGCAUUUGAAAAUGCGUUGGCGACUUAUCCCGAAGAUGCUUCAGAUCGAUGGGAGAAGAUUGCUGCUGAUGUACCGGGGAAGUCUAUAAAAGAGAUUAAACAGCAUUACGAGGUAUUGGUUGACGAUAUUAGCCAGAUCGAAUCUGGGCGUGUGCCUCUACCAUUGUAUAAUUCUACUCCAGAGAGAUCAACAAGCCAUGCUAGUGAUGAAGGAGUUGGCAAGAAGACUGGCCAUAUACGGCAUUGUAAUAGUGAAUCUAAUCAUGGAAGUAAAGGUUCUAGAUCAGAUCAGGAACGACGCAAGGGUAUUGCUUGGACCGAGGAUGAACACAGGUUAUUUCUUCUGGGCUUGGAUAAAUAUGGAAAAGGUGACUGGCGAAGUAUAUCAAGGAACUUUGUGGUGACAAGAACACCUACACAAGUAGCAAGCCAUGCCCAAAAAUACUUCAUUCGUUUGAACUCGAUGAAUAAAGAUAGAAGGCGAUCGAGCAUACACGAUAUCACAAGUGUGAACAAUGGUGAUAUUGCAGCACCUCAAGGACCCAUAACCGGUCAAACAAAUGGAUCAACUGGAAAUUCUACCGGCAAGACAGGUAAACAAGCCUUUCCGACCUCCACUGGGGUACCAGGUUCCGGAAUGUAUGCUACCCCGACCAUUGGGCAACCCAUUGGAGGGCCCCUAAUAUCUGCUGUUGGAACCCCAGUGAAUCUUCCUGGUGCUCCUCCACACAUGGUAUACCCAGUUCCUGGUGCACUUGUACCUGGUGCACCAAUGAACAUGGUCCCUAUAACAUACCCUAUGCCACAUACAUCUGCACCUCACAGGUAAAGUUCUGUUUGGAGCCCUAAUGUACAAAAAUAAACAGAAGACUAGGUGGAUUCUGCAGUUAAUGUAAUUCUUUUCCUAGAAUAAUUUCUUUUUGCUUAUAUGCAAAACAUGAGUUUUAUGCUUAUUUAGUCACAUUUCGAAUAAGCCAUACUAGGAAGCGAUUGAAUUGUAUUUGCAUAGGCUGCUAUAAUGUGGCAGCUUUGACAUAGGAGAACAUAAGUGUACGGUUGUUUUGUAAGCAUUGUAAUUGCUUUUGUUAAAACAUGCUGCAGAGGAAGAUUAUAUGGA